AUGAAUGACAGUCUGUCGGCGAUAGGCGAGGAAGUGGUGCGCGGUUUGGAGGUCCGACUCGACGAAGGCCUCAAAUGUGUCAAAGAUGUGAAGGACGUGAUCGCCGGCCUCACCGCCGAGAACUGUCACCUCAAGAUCAGCGUCCAAGAGGUGAGGACCGAGAACCGGGUGCUUAUGGCUCGCGUCCAGGAGUUGGAGGCCUGCGCAGCGGCGCCCAUCGACGACAAUCACCCCGAGCUCCAGGAGCUGAGGAAUAAGGUGCUGGAGUUGAGCGUCGAAGUGGAUUCGCUCGAGAGUCAGAUGCAAUUAGUGACCGAAGAACGGGAAAUGGCGCGCAAAGAGCUGCGAGACGUGCGCCACGAGAACGAUAUACUCACUGCAGAGGUCGGCAGGUAUCAGAAGUACGAGUCAGUUGUACACCAGUUAAACAAAGUUGUCAACUCUUUGCCCGAGUUUUCUGAACAAAUAAUUCUGAAAGAGAGACCCAAUUCGAUGACCACUUUCGGGUCGUUCGGCAGAAUGGAUGGCUUAAGACUCGCCGGCGGCUCUCAAGAGGAGGACACCUAUCAUAGCGCUCGAGUGGGCGGCAUCGCCAACGGUAACGGCGCCUCCUGUCCCACGAGUAACGACACCUUCUAUGACGCGCGCACAUCGUCGCAGAGGUCGUCGUCGGCUCAACCGACAGCUCAACCUCUUCGCCACAAAGGGGUGCAGAAUGUUAGGGACAAUAUGAAUGAGACGAUACUAUCGGCGACCGAUUCUUUGCAGUCGUUCGGCUUCGACGCCGACAACAACCUGAAGCUUAAGUUAGUGAAAGUGGUGCCCAAUCGGCAGUACACGGGUGUCACGAUGGCCUACGCCAAGACACCGUCCGACUUCUGGGUGCACCUGAACCCGGCCGAAGUCAACAACUAUAUCCACGCGAUUCAAGUGAAGCAGGAGGAUCUGCUGAAUAGGGGCGGCGCCCUACUCACACCCGCCGACGUGGAGAUCGGUAUGUAUUGCGCGGCCAUCUUCUCGGAGGACGGCUAUUGGUAUAGAGCGCAGGUCAUAGACAUCCACUACGAGGACGACGUGGAAAAGGACUCGAUUCGUACGCUCAAAGUCCAGUUCGUCGACUGGGGGAACACCGAAGAGGUGCCGCUCUCGAAGACUAUGCGCCUGUCGUGUGAGCUGAAGAAGCGCAAGCAAGCCAUCCACUGCUACCUCCAGGGCCUGCCGCUCGACGACAGCUACAAAUGGGAUAAGGAGUCGAUCGACACGUUUCGCAGAGUGACCGCAAGUCCUGUGAAAUUGUUGGUCACGUUCCAGAAGAAGGACAGAAUUGAUGAAAGGCUGAAGAGCUUUCAAUUCCCGACAGAUUUGUUGUUUGCCGACGAGACCGGAAAGAUGGUCAAUGUUUUCGAUCGACUCGAGAUCCCCGAAUAUAUCGACGAGAAUGUCACACAACAGGCAAUACCCGUUGUGUCGACGUCUGGCGCCCAAUUGUCUGGUAGUGCGCAUACCUCUGGCACUAUAGUGCGUUCGCCCAAAGCUAACGGAACGUCCGAUAAUCGUUUGGAUCGCCAGAAGUCGUCGACUGAGAAGACGGCGACUGACUUGAAGGCUAAGUCGAGUCAAAACUGUGAGACGAAAGCAUCCAUUGAAUGCCAUGCAAUGCCACAUACGGUGCAAUCGUUGCCAAAAUCUAUGCCUCACUUGAAUGCGGUGUCGACCGUCCCAAUAAUACCGGCGCCGAUAGUACCCGACUCGGAGAACGGACUCAUUGUGGAACCGUCGACUGUGAUCAGUCCCUCCCUGUUCUACGUACGCAUCUCCGACACCCAAGUAGGCAGCGCUCAGUUUGACGACUUGGAUGAACAGCUCAACGAGUGCUACGAGUCGUCGCUCAGACAGCACACCCAUCCGUCCCAAGUGACCGUCGGUUCCUUCUGGUGCGCGCAGUACAGCCACGACGAGCGCUGGUAUAGGAGUCGUGUGGUGGAUGUGCGCGCCGACAGAGCGCUCGUCUAUUACGUUGAUUAUGGCAACGAAGAGUGGGUUGACUGCAAGCUCCUGAUGCCACUGACCCGCAAGUUCGCGCUCUACCCGGCGCUGGCCGUCCGGUGCAGUCUGUCGAGCAUUUCGCCAAUCGGUGGCGGAUCUGAAUGGCCCGAAGAGACCGCCGAACACUUCCGUUGUCUGAUCGAAGAGAAGGUGUUGACGGCUUGUGUUGUCCACAAACCCGAGACGUUUGACUUGGACUCCAUUCUUGAGGUGUUGUUGUGGGCCAAUGUGGACAAUGAGGAGAUUCUCUUGAAUUCAAAGCUAGUGGUGAGCGGAUAUGCCGUCACCGAUAAUCUCGAUUGGGUUAAAGAAGCGGAAAGAGCGCACCGGGAGGGCACACCACCCGAUGUCAUAAUGAACGGAUUGAUUCCCAUUAUGAAGAACAACAACAAUACUAUGUUUUCGGCUAAUGACAGCCAGUGCUCCAGUGCUGCCAACAAUCAAAGUGCUCCUAAAACUAACGGUGCCGUCACUCGCAUGCUCGAAGCGCCUAUUGUAUUGGACAUAAGCGGCGACAGCGCCCACACAUUAGUGCCAACCAAUGGCCACUCAUCUCAUUCACCUGUCGCCCCUGCGGUCGUUAAUGGCGUGAAUUCAGUGAAAAUGAACGGUGCGGUGAACGGCCAUAUGGGCAAUGUAUUGCCCGAAAGACUCAGUGAAUGCGAUGACGACGAGGACGACGACGACUGGGAUCCGAUGGAAGACGACGCCAACUGCAAAGACAACAGAUAUGGCGUUCAGACAGACAAUCCCGGCGUCGCGACCAUGGGCUACAGUGCACCCCAUCGGAUGACCUGUAAAUACUUCGGCACGGGAAAGGGCUGUAAAAUGGGAACUUUCUGUAGUUUUCUUCACGUCGACCCUCAAAAACGCUACGAGUUGGAUGACAUGGUUGAGGGGUUCGUGGAGAUCGUGGACGUGGAGAUACCGAAUGGCUCGUAUGUGGUGGUCAAAGUGACCGAGGUGAACAACCCGUGCGAUUUCUAUUGCUCACUGCCAUACGGUGCCAACGAUGUCAACCACUUGGCUGACGAUAAAUUCAAUGAACUCAUGAAAUUAGCCAAAGAUAUGAAGAGACACUAUACGAGUGCUAAGAUUAAAGAGGACCGCAAUAUAUUCCACGGAAUGGGAAGUUUAGUGGCUUUUAAAGACGAAAAGUCGGGCGCUUUCUAUAGGGGACGUGUGGUGUACGAAGAGAUCGAUUUAAACAUUUACGGCAUUUUUGCCAUCGAUUUGGGCACUUCUUUGGAAGUGAAAAGCGAUCUCAUCUACAAAUUGGUCCCAAUUUUCAGUCAAACGCCUCCCCUCGCCAUUCAUUGUUCACUGACCGGUGUCGAGCCUUUCGGUUCGGACACCUGGAGCUCCGAAGCUAUGCGAACUGAUGAUAAAUAUUAUGUGGAUCUCAUUGAGAAUGACUCCGAGAUCUUCCUCAGCGCUCAACUCAUUGACCAGAAAUUGGCUCAAAAGACGAAAGCAUUUGUGAAUCCCAGACAAGUGCUGUCCGACGACGAGAUUUAUAGUUCCGCUGAUGAGGACUAAUAGACUACACAUUCUUUGGCAGCUUAGGGGCUCAUUCAAUAAGUACUGUAUGUGCGCAACAUUUUGGUCACAAUUAUCUCCUCAUUCAUAGCAAUUUAACAUUAAGACACUAAUUGUGACUGAACUCCCCAUCCCGUGCGUACGUACUUAUUGAAGUAAACACUUGUUUUAUAUUGUUUUAAUUAUUAUAAGUUGGAGUAUUUAUCAAAACAAUAUGUAAUUAUUAGUCGAUUCGUUCAUU